AUGAUACUAACGAGGACGACGAGGACGAUGGCGUCGGCGACGACGCCGAUGCGACUUCUCUUGCCGAGUCGAUCGUUGGCGAGCCAACGAUCGACCAUCCGCCAACAGUUGCCGCUAAUCGCAUCACGACAUUUCACCGCCAUAUCCCGUCGUGGGUUCGGUCAAUCUUUCCGCAGCUUCAACUCCAAGAAGGGAGACGAUGGGGAAGAUUCGCGGGAGGAGAUUGAGCGCAAGCUACGUGAGAUACACGAAAAGCAACAAGAACUAGAACGCCAGAAACAGAAACUCGAGGAAUCAAACAAGGAACAACAGCAAGAAGAAGCAAAACCACAGUCUCGGUCUCAGUCACAGUCAAAGACACCGCCACCGCCACCACCAAAAUGGUUCGGCAACAUCUUCAAAGAGACGCACGAUUCCGAUAAAAUGUCAAAAGAAGAGAAAAGGAUGCGCGAUGAACUAAUUGAAGACUUGAAAAAACGCAACAAGAACCGCAACGUCGACCCCAACGCUUUCAAAAUCUAUAAACUCGACUUGAAAGAAGUCGGUAAGAUCAUGUUGAUUCUUGCCUUUUCUUUGUUUCUGUAUGCCUUCAUCCUCUGGCCCUCGACGAGAAAAAACGAUAGUGCUGAAGAAUUAUCAAUGCAGGGUUUCAUCACCAACUACUUGGAGAGGGGCCUCGUGACCAAACUCACCGUGAUCAACAAGUACUUGGUGGAAGCGCAAUUGAUCCCAGGGGCAGUGUCCCCCAACACAUUCACCUCGUAUGGGUCGCCAGCGGUGCUCUUUACGAUUGGAUCAAUUGAAUAUUUCGAAGAUGAAAUGAACUCGGUCCAGGAUCGCCUUCAGAUCCCGAUAAAUGAGCGUAUUCCCAUCAGUUACGAAGAAAAGGGGAGCUGGAUGUCGUACUUGUUGCCCAUACUACCAACGGUGCUUUUAAUCGGUGGGCUAUACUACCUCACCAUGCGGAGAGUGCCCGGUGGUGGCAGUGGUCCUGGAGGCGGUGGUGCUGGUCCCGGUGGCGGAUUAUUCAAAGUUGGUAAGUCCAAAGCCAAGUUGUUUAACCAAGAAACCGAGGUCAAGAUCAAGUUUAAAGAUGUUGCCGGAUGCGAUGAAUCCAAAGAGGAGAUUAUGGAGUUUGUUAAAUUUUUGCAAGACCCCGAAAAAUACGAAAAAUUGGGCGCAAAGAUCCCCCGGGGAGCCAUUCUUUCUGGACCACCAGGAACCGGUAAAACCCUCCUUGCAAAAGCCACCGCGGGUGAAGCAGGAGUUCCAUUUCUCAGCGUCUCAGGCUCGGAAUUUGUGGAGAUGUUUGUGGGUGUAGGCGCAUCGCGAGUGCGGGACUUGUUUAAAACGGCACGAGACAUGGCCCCCGCGAUCAUAUUCGUUGAUGAAAUCGACGCCAUUGGUAAAGAGCGUGGCAACGGCAAGAUGGGAGGCAACGAUGAACGGGAAAACACGUUGAAUCAACUCCUUGUGGAAAUGGAUGGAUUCGACACGACGGACCACGUUGUCGUCUUAGCAGGUACCAACAGACCGGAUAUCUUGGACAAGGCCUUGCUACGCCCCGGCAGAUUCGACCGACACAUCUCGAUCGACGUGCCCGAUGUGGAAGGACGCAAAUCGAUAUUCAAAGUCCAUUUAAACAAACUCAAGCUCGCGGUGGUAGAGUCGAUCGACAUUAAACAAAAGGAUGUCGAUUUCGCCCAUUUCCAAAAAUUGAAAAACGGCGCCAUUGACCAAUUAGCAGGCCGUCUCGCUGCGCUAACUCCCGGUUUCGCAGGUGCAGAUAUCGCCAACUGUUGCAACGAAGGAGCCUUGAUUGCCGCACGGGAAAACUCAACCAGCGUAGACAUUCAUCAUUUCGAGCUGGCCAUCGAACGAGUCAUUGCGGGACUCGAACGCAAGUCCCGCAUCUUAUCCCCUGAGGAAAAAAGAACCGUCGCGUAUCAUGAGGCAGGACACGCUAUAUGUGGAUGGUACUUGGAAUACGCCGAUCCUCUAGUUAAAGUCUCCAUCAUUCCGCGAGGCCAAGGUGCCCUUGGAUACGCGCAGUACCUCCCUAAGGACCAAUACCUCACUUCACAAGAGCAAUAUCGCCAUCGCAUGAUCAUGACGUUGGGAGGACGCGUUAGUGAAGAACUCCAUUUCGACGUUAUCACAUCGGGCGCCUCGGACGAUUUCAAAAAGAUCACCUUAAUGGCGCAACAGAUGAUCCUCAAGCUCGGCAUGUCGCCCAAGUUGGGCCAUAUUGUAUAUAACGUGGAAGACAAUCUGGGUUUUAGAGUGCACAACAACUAUAGUGAGUCUACUGCGCGUGUGAUUGAUGAAGAAAUCAAGCGAUUGAUCGAUGAGGCCCAUGCCGAGUGCACCAAGUUGUUGAAGGAGAAAAUCGAGCUUGUUGACGCCGUGGCGCAGGAGUUGAUGAGUAAAGAAGUGUUGACGCGUGAAGACAUGAUUCGCAUCUGUGGACCUCGUCCAUUUGUGGAGCGGAAUGAUGCGUUUGACAAGUAUGUUCAUGGCGAAGUGUUUAAAGGUCGCCCCGAGCCCAAAACUCGAACAAUCGAAGAAGAAGAACAAGAUGACCAAAAUGAAAAUAAAAAAGAUAAAGACGAAGGAGAUGAAGAAAAAUAA